UCCAACUUCCACCGACUCAACAAAGUAGCCGUGGUAACCGGAGCGCGUGUUGUUAUCGAUUCAACGGUUCAAAGAACUUGAAACUAUUUCUCGUUUACCCACAGUUUGCUGUGAACUUCACAUCUUUCAACUUUUAGAAUCUUCCUUUGCAAAAGCUGGCCUCAAAAUAUGCACCCUGUUGCGGGAAACAUUCAAACAUGCCGAAAAAACCUCCUUUCCCAGAACUACCCCUUCCGGAAGGACUCCGACGAGGACGCACACGGCGGCAGCAGCAGCGCUGAUUGUUACUGCCAGAUUCCGCCGAGCGAGUACGAAGAAAACUUUGUAUUCCAAAAAUUCUCCAAUAAGUCAAAUUUAAGGCGAGACCUGCUGCGGGAACAGUUUCGCCGGAAGGCAACGCAGACGGUGCUGAAGCAGGCUCAGCAACGCUACGAAACCCUACACCGUCAGGAGGUGGAGCGAAUGCCGCUCAAAAAGCAACCCGAUUACUAUCUGGCCCAAAUCGACGGCAACGAUCCCAAGUACAACCUGUACAAAACGGACGAUAUGGUGACGUUCUGGAGCAACGAGACGACUUCCUGUGUGAGCAAACGGCGCAAUUCCAACUUCACCAAACCAAUUAGCGAACAGUUGGAUCAACAGUUUGGUUGAUGCAUUUUUUUCCUAGGAUGGCCGUUUAUCAUUAUACCUACAAAAACUACUUCAAUUAUCACAAAUUAUUUAAAAUGUAAACUAAAUUUCAAUGUUUGAAACAUGAACACUCAUGCAGCCAAUAGUUCAACAUUUAACAUUCUCGAAACGUAGUGCUAUUUCACAGAACCACCUGGCUCAUCUACAACUUAUCUCCUGUUGGAAACUGCAUAUCUUUCAGAAUUUUCAACCUACUGGCGAUGGUUUAUGCAUUAGCCAGCGAAAAAGCAUGUACUCAUAAAUUUAACAAGGCGGAUUACGAGUUAAGUGUGAAUAAUUCUGUUGAUUAUAAGGUACCGGAUGAUAGAUGGGACAGUCGAGUGCAUGAUUUAGUUACUUAUUCAAAUAAAUCUAGACAACUGACGGAAAUUAUCUCCGGAAUCUUUCAAAUGACAUUAACAAAUUAAAAUUAAAUUAAGACGGAUUUCAUGAAAAACAAAAAUAUUUUAAACUCAAAUGUUAUGAUUCUGUCUUGGUACAUUUCGCACCUGAGAAAUUAUCAAAUUUUUAAGGUGAUGGAAAAUUUUAAAGAAACAUUAGGGCCAAAGAAAAAGAAGACUAUAAGCCGUAAACAUCAUGAAUUUCUCGAAAAAGAUAGAACGGCUUAAGAAUUCAAGAAUUUUUUUAAUAAAGAAUAUCGGAAGCGCGACUAAAGACCAAGAAAAUUGCUCGGGUGCCAGGAAUUCAAAUUCAUACACGAGUUUCAACAUUAGAAUGGAAGGUCAGAAUACAGAGUUUGGAUUUUGAAUGUGAAUCUAAAAUCCUUAUCUGAAUGUGACUUCU